AUGGCAGCAGCAACAAACCCCCCCUGGUCCCGUGGCAUGCGUGGUAUGCAAGUACAUGCCGUCCCCGAAAGCGACCGCGCCUUCGACUCUCAGGGUCGCAAACUGCCCUGGGGCUACUCACUCGACCCAUCUGCUGCUACGAACGGUCCGCUGCACGGAGAACCCGCCGAGAAGGGACCGUUCGGCCGCUCGCUCAGACGCAGCAGAAGCACCUUGAGCAGAAGUCGCAGCAAGACUGCAGACCCCACACGACUGGAUGACAAGCUGAAGGCGGAUCAGCAGCAGGCGGAGGAUGCGGUGUUUGGAAGUUUGAGGAGGCGGGAUAGGGAGGUGUUGGGUGAGGUGGAUGGGAAUACAGUUGCUGGAGCGCAGCAGGGAAUGGUGUCUGGGACACAGGGCGGCAAGGGAGAGAUUGAGGCUACGGAGGUCAUGCUUUAUGGGUUUGGCGAGGAGCUACAGUGGGCGGCGCUGGAUCAUUACGAGAGGGUCAGCGGUGGGACCGUGCUGGAGGACUACGAUCGCCAGGCGCCUGGGCAGCGAUAUGAUGUCGCGCGAUCUCUGAGCAGAGCCACGGGUCAAAGAAGCUUGUCACGUGCAGCGCUGAGGAAGAAGAACACGUUUGCUGGAGGAUUGCACUGGAUCAAAAUAACCUUCGACUCGCGAGGUGCCGCAGAACUGGCAUGCGCUCGGAGUCCGCACAUUAUCAGAGGCCACCUCGUCUACGCCGAACCAUACCUCGGACGCGGCCCAGGCAGAGACGAACCGAUCUACGCUUCCCAAGCAGGAGCCCAGAUCACCGACCCCGUCCUCCCACCCAGCUUCUCGACGAACACUCUCAACAUAGGAGGUAGCCCGAACAGCUCCGCAACAGCAAGCUCCGCCACCGCCACCGCACCCCGCAACCAGAGCCUUCCGCACUCCCAGUCGACACCGACCCUCGCCAACACCUCCCCCUCCUCAACCACGACCCUCCAGCCGCAACCCAACCAAUCGCUAGCUGCACAACCAUCCCAAGCAACCAUCCGACGCCGCCGCAUCUCCGGCGUAACACCCGCUCAAAUCCUACCCGUCGACGCAGCGCUGAUGCCGAAACCGCCGAAGAAGUCCUGGAGCAGUUUGCUCGGCGCCGGAGAAGUGAUCGGCUCCACCGUCCCUAAGAGGGAGGAUGGGAGUUUCGACUACGCUGGCGCGGGCGUGUAUUGGCGGGUUUGGUGGUGGGUGGAUCGGGUGCUGGGGACGGAUUGGUUGGGGUUGAAGGGAGAGUGA